AUGUACAAUUUCCUAAAAUAUUCAGAAUGCUCUCUUUACCGGGAAGCCGCCAACAAGGGCCACAUUUGCACCAAGACCGUCAAGAAGGCAGCCCGGGUCAUCAUCGAGAAGUACUACAUGCGCCUGGACAAUGACUUCCACACCAACAAGUGCUUGUACAAGGAGAUCGCCAUCAUCCCAAGCAAGAAGCUCUGCAACAAGAUCACCGGCUAUGCCACGCACCUGAUGAAGUGCAUCCAGAGGGGGCCCUUGCGCAGCAUCUCCAUCAAACUGCAGGAGGAGGAGCUGGAACGGAGGGACAACUACGUGCCCAAGGUUUCGGCCCUGGACCAGGAGAUCAUUGAGGUGGAUUGUGACACUAAGGAGAUGCUGAAGCUCUUGGAUUUCGGCAGUCUGUCCAACUUGCAGGUCACCCAGCCCACAGUUGGUAUGAAUUUCAAAACGCCGCGUGGAGCUGUGUGAAUGUGGUUUCCUAUAAUU